GGUACAGCUGGGGCCCUACCUGCCAGCCAGCCUCUGGGAACCCGCCCUUUCAAGCAUGAACCACACCAUCCGGGCUCCCCCACUCCCAGUGUGCCCUUAGCUCUGCCUGCCUGGCCUAGGGUCCUGGCGGCCUUCUUGGAGCUCAUCCAGCAACCAUCAUGCAAGGUGGUGCUGGGGACCGCCCUCUUACUCGGCGGCGGAGGCCUCAUGCUGUGGAUUCAGAGGAAAAGGAGAAGGAAGGCAUCCCCUGAGACUGCACAAGACGUGCAGGAGCCACUGGAAUGUCACAAAGCAAAGAAUGAGAACUGGAUUAAAUCGCACUUUAGCCGCCUCUCGGAAGAGAAGCUGGCCGCCUGCAGCAGCACGGCCGCCCCACCACCCGAGAGCGGCAGAGGAGAGGCCAGCACCACCUUUCGCGUGGAGACUUUCACCACGAGGCAAGGAGAAGCGGGCACAGCCCUGCGCCGGGAGUCCUUCAGCAGCAAGCAGAGGGUGUCUGGGUCCUCGGUGACCAAAGAGACCCAGAAGGAGUCUGCGAAAUCCUCAUCCACAGAUGAGGCCACGUGGGCCGCUGUGGCUGCCUGUACCAAGGAGAUUGACACCAUAGGGCAGCGGCUGGCUAACUCCAUGCUGCAGCGUGCUACAGUUUACCAGAACUCGGGCCACCUGGAGUCCAGAGACAUCAACCAGGAGGAGCUGAAGGCCCUCGAGGAGGUGGAGCUGAAGCUGAAAGGGAAUUUCCUCACCCAGCGGGAAACUGCUGUAGCUGGCGCGAACCACACACACACCGUCCAUGGCCACGGUCACCAUGGCCACCAGGGUCAUCCAAGCUACCUGAGCCACCAGAGCCACAGCCUGCCCAACCGCAGCCACCAGACCUACCACCCCUUUGAAGCCACCUAACCACGGAUGGAGACGCCCCUUCCCCCCAGCAGGGCUGGCACACAAUUGCAGGCCUGUUUUCUCUCCUGUGGUGAGAUGCUGCCACACACAUCCCUUCUUCCUGGAGGGAAGGUCCUGGCCCCUUGGACUCUGUGAGUACGGUCUGCCAUGGAGGAUGGCCCCCGAUCGGAGGGGCGGUGGAAGGAGGUGAAGCAGCUGAGACGGACUCGCAGGCCCCUGAAGACCCCCUGAGAGAAGACAGACGAGCCAGAGCCCGGGAGCAGCUGAGAGCCCCACACUGAUGCCGAACGCCUGGAACUGAGCCAAUAAAGCCUUGUAUACCCUCA